AUGGCGCCUGUGGGGUUUAGCAUCGGGUGUGCAGGUGGAGAAGAGGGGCAAUGUGCCGGUGGAGAAGAGGGGACUAUGUGCAGGUGGAGAAGAGGGGCACUAUGUGCCGGUGGAGAAGAGGGGCACUAUGUGCCGGUGGAGAAGAGGGGCACUAUGUGCAGGUGGAGAAGAGGGGCACUAUGUGCCGGUGGAGAAGAGGGGCACUAUGUGCCGGUGGAGAAGAGGGGCACUAUGUGCCGGUGGAGAAGAGGGGCACUAUGUGCCGGUGGAGAAGAGGGGCACUAUGUGCAGGUGGAGAAGAGGGGCACUAUGUGCAGGUGGAGAAGAGGGGCAUUAUGUGCCGGUGGAGAAGAGGGGCACUAUGUGCCGGUGGAGAAGAGGGGCACUAUGUGCAGGUGGAGAAGAGGGGCACUAUGUGCCGGUGGAGAAGAGGGGCACUAUGUGAGGUGGAGAAGAGGGGCACUAUGUGCCGGUGGAGAAGAGGGGCACUAUGUGCCGGUGGAGAAGAGGGGCACUAUGUGCCGGUGGAGAAGAGGGGCACUAUGUGCCGGUGGAGAAGAGGGGCACUAUGUGCAGGUGGAGAAGAGGGGCACUAUGUGCAGGUGGAGAAGAGGGGCACUAUGUGCCGGUGGAGAAGAGGGGCACUAUGUGCCGGUGGAGAAGAGGGGCACUAUGUGCCGGUGGAGAAGAGGGGCACUAUGUGCCGGUGGAGAAGAGGGGCACUAUGUGCAGGUGGAGAAGAGGGGCAUUAUGUGCAGGUGGAGAAGAGGGGCAUUAUGUGCAGGUGGAGAAGAGGGGCAUUAUGUGCAGGUGGAGAAGAGGGGCAUUAUGUGCCGGUGGAGAAGAGGGGCAUUAUGUGCCGGUGGAGAAGAGGGGCAUUAUGUGCCGGUGGAGAAGAGGGGCAUUAUGUGCCGGUGGAGAAGAGGGGCAUUAUGUGCCGGUGGAGAAGAGGGGCAUUAUGUGCCGGUGGAGAAGAGGGGCAUUAUGUGCCGGUGGAGAAGAGGGGCAUUAUGUGCCGGUGGAGAAGAGGGGCAUUAUGUGCCGGUGGAGAAGAGGGGCAUUAUGUGCCGGUGGAGAAGAGGGGCAUUAUGUGCAGGUGGAGAAGAGGGGCAUUAUGUGCAGGUGGAGAAGAGGGGCAUUAUGUGCAGGUGGAGAAGAGGGGCAGGAGAAGAGGGGCAUUAUGUGCAGGUGGAGAAGAGGGGCAUUAUGUGCAGGUGGAGAAGAGGGGCAUUAUGUGCAGGUGGAGAAGAGGGGCAUUAUGUGCAGGUGGAGAAGAGGGGCAUUAUGUGCAGGUGGAGAAGAGGGGCAUUAUGUGCAGGUGGAGAAGAGGGGCAUUAUGUGCAGGUGGAGAAGAGAGGGCAUUAUGUGCCGGUGGAGAAGAGGGGCAUUAUGUGCCGGUGGAGAAGAGGGGCAUUAUGUGCAGGUGGAGAAGAGGGGCAUUAUGUGCCGGUGGAGAAGAGGGGCAUUAUGUGCAGGUGGAGAAGAGGGGCAUUAUGUGCCGGUGGAGAAGAGGGGCAUUAUGUGCCGGUGGAGAAGAGGGGCAUUAUGUGCCGGUGGAGAAGAGGGGCAUUAUGUGCAGGUGGAGAAGAGGGGCAUUAUGUGCAGGUGGAGAAGAGGGGCAUUAUGUGCAGGUGGAGAAGAGGGGCAUUAUGUGCCGGUGGAGAAGAGGGGCAUUAUGUGCAGGUGGAGAAGAGGGGCAUUAUGUGCAGGUGGAGAAGAGGGGCAUUAUGUGCAGGUGGAGAAGAGGGGCACUAUGUGCAGGUGGAGAAGAGGGGCAUUAUGUGCAGGUGGAGAAGAGGGGCACUAUGUGCCGGUGGAGGAGAGGGGCAUUAUGUGCAGGUGGAGAGAGGGGCACUAUGUGCCGGUGGAGAAGAGGGGCAUUAUGUGCAGGUGGAGAAGAGGGCAUUAUGUGCCGGUGGAGGAGAGGGGCAUUAUGUGCCGGUGGAGGAGAGGGGCAUUAUGUGCCGGUGGAGAAGAGGGGCAUUAUGUGCCGGUGGAGAAGAGGGGCAUUAUGUGCCGGUGGAGAAGAGGGGCAUUAUGUGCCGGUGGAGAAGAGGGGCAUUAUGUGCCGGUGGAGGAGAGGGGCAUUAUGUGCCGGUGGAGAAGAGGGGCAUUAUGUGCCGGUGGAGGAGAGGGGCAUUAUGUGCCGGUGGAGGAGAGGGGCAUUAUGUGCCGGUGGAGGAGAGGGGCAUUAUGUGCCGGUGGAGAAGAGGGGCAUUAUGUGCCGGUGGAGAAGAGGGGCAUUAUGUGCCGGUGGAGAAGAGGGGCAUUAUGUGCAGGUGGAGAAGAGGGGCAUUAUGUGCCGGUGGAGAAGAGGGGCAUUAUGUGCAGGUGGAGAAGAGGCGCAUUAUGUGCAGGUGGAGAAGAGGGGCAUUAUGUGCCGGUGGAGAAGAGGGGCAUUAUGUGCCGGUGGAGAAGAGGGGCAUUAUGUGCCGGUGGAGAAGAGGGGCAUUAUGUGCCGGUGGAAAAGAGGGGCAUUAUGUGCCGGUGGAGAAGAGGGGCAUUAUGUGCCGGUGGAGAAGAGGGGCAUUAUGUGCCGGUGGAGAAGAGGGGCAUUAUGUGCCGGUGGAGAAGAGGGCAUUAUGUGCCGGUGGAGAAGAGGGGCAUUAUGUGCCGGUGGAGAAGAGGGGCAUUAUGUGCCGGUGGAGAAGAGGGGCAUUAUGUGCCGGUGGAGAAGAGGGGCAUUUUGUGCCGGUGGAGAAGAGGGGCAUUAUGUGCCGGUGGAGAAGAGGGGCAUUAUGUGCAGGUGGAGAAGAGGGGCAUUAUGUGCAGGUGGAGAAGAGGGGCAUUAUGUGCAGGUGGAGAAGAGGGGCAUUAUGUGCAGGUGGAGAAGAGGGGCAUUAUGUGCCGGUGGAGAAGAGGGGCAUUAUGUGCCGGUGGAGAAGAGGGGCACUAUGUGCAGGUGGAGAAGAGGGGCAUUAUGUGCAGGUGGAGAAGAGGGGCACUAUGUGCCGGUGGAGAAGAGGGGCACUAUGUGCCGGUGGAGAAGAGGGGCACUAUGUGCCGGUGGAGAAGAGGGGCACUAUGUGCAGGUGGAGUAGAGGGGCACUAUGUGCAGGUGGAAAAGAGGGGCACUAUGUGCAGGUGGAGAAGAGGGGCACUAUGUGCAGGUGGAGAAGAGGGGCACUAUGUGCAGGUGGAGAAGAGGGGCACUAUGUGCAGGUGGAGAAGAGGGGCACUAUGUGCCGGUGGAGAAGAGGGGCACUAUGUGCCGGUGGAGAAGAGGGGCACUAUGUGCCGGUGGAGAAGAGGGGCAUUAUGUGCCGGUGGAGAAGAGGGGCAUUAUGUGUAGGUGGAGAAGAGGGGCAUUAUGUGCCGGUGGAGAAGAGGGGCAUUAUGUGCCGGUGGAGAAGAGGGGCAUUAUGUGCCGGUGGAGAAGAGGGGCAUUAUGUGCCGGUGGAGAAAGAGGGGCAUUAUGUGCCGGUGGAGAAGAGGGGCACUAUGUGCAGGUGGAGAAGAGGGGCACUAUGUGCAGGUGGAGAAGAGGGGCACUAUGUGCAGGUGGAGAAGAGGGGCACUAUGUGCCGGUGGAGAAGAGGGGCACUAUGUGCCGGUGGAGAAGAGGGGCAUUAUGUGCCGGUGGAGAAGAGGGGCAUUAUGUGCCGGUGGAGAAGAGGGGCAUUAUGUGCAGGUGGAGAAGAGGGGCAUUAUGUGCAGGUGGAGAAGAGGGGCAUUAUGUGCAGGUGGAGAAGAGGGGCAUUAUGUGCAGGUGGAGAAGAGGCAUUAUGUGCAGGUGGAGAAGAGGGGCAUUAUGUGCAGGUGGAGAAGAGGGCAUUAUGUGCAGGUGGAGAAGAGGGGCAUUAUGUGCAGGUGGAGAAGAGGGGCAUUAUGUGCAGGUGGAGAAGAGGGGCAUUAUGUGCCGGUGGAGAAGAGGGGCAUUAUGUGCCGGUGGAGAAGAGGGGCAUUAUGUGCAGGUGGAGAAGGGGCAUUAUGUGCAGGUGGAGAAGAGGGGCAUUAUGUGCCGGUGGAGAAGAGGGGCAUUAUGUGCCGGUGGAGAAGAGGGGCAUUAUGUGCCGGUGGAGAAGAGGGGCAUUAUGUGCCGGUGGAGAAGAGGGGCAUUAUGUGCAGGUGGAGAAGAGGGGCAUUAUGUGCAGGUGGAGAAGAGGGGCAUUAUGUGCAGGUGGAGAAGAGGGGCAUUAUGUGCAGGUGGAGAAGAGGGGCAUUAUGUGCAGGUGGAGAAGAGGGGCAUUAUGUGCAGGUGGAGAAGAGGGGCAUUAUGUGCAGGUGGAGAAGAGGGGCAUUAUGUGCCGGUGGAGAAGAGGGGCAUUAUGUGCAGGUGGAGAAGAGGGGCAUUAUGUGCAGGUGGAGAAGAGGGGCACUAUGUGCAGGUGGAGAAGAGGGGCACUAUGUGCCGGUGGAGAAGAGGGGCACUAUGUGCCGGUGGAGAAGAGGGCACUAUGUGCCGGUGGAGAAGAGGGGCACUAUGUGCAGGUGGAGAAGAGGGGCACUAUGUGCAGGUGGAGAAGAGGGGCACUAUGUGCAGGUGGAGAAGAGGGGCACUAUGUGCAGGUGGAGAAGAGGGGCACUAUGUGCAGGUGGAGAAGAGGGGCACUAUGUGCCGGUGGAGAAGAGGGGCACUAUGUGCCGGUGGAGAAGAGGGGCAUUAUGUGCCGGUGGAGAAGAGGGGCAUUAUGUGCCGGUGGAGAAGAGGGGCAUUAUGUGCAGGUGGAGAAGAGGGGCAUUAUGUGCAGGUGGAGAAGAGGGGCAUUAUGUGCAGGUGGAGAAGAGGGGCAUUAUGUGCAGGUGGAGAAGAGGGGCAUUAUGUGCAGGUGGAGAAGAGGGGCAUUAUGUGCAGGUGGAGAAGAGGGGCAUUAUGUGCCGGUGGAGAAGAGGGGCAUUAUGUGCCGGUGGAGAAGAGGGGCAUUAUGUGCCGGUGGAGAAGAGGGGCAUUAUGUGCCGGUGGAGAAGAGGGGCAUUAUGUGCCGGUGGAGAAGAGGGGCAUUAUGUGCCGGUGGAGAAGAGGGGCAUUAUGUGCAGGUGGAGAAGAGGGGCAUUAUGUGCCGGUGGAGAAGAGGGGCAUUAUGUGCCGGUGGAGAAGAGGGGCAUUAUGUGCCGGUGGAGAAGAGGGGCAUUAUGUGCAGGUGGAGAAGAGGGGCAUUAUGUGCAGGUGGAGAAGAGGGGCAUUAUGUGCAGGUGGAGAAGAGGGGCAUUAUGUGCCGGUGGAGAAGAGGGGCAUUAUGUGCCGGUGGAGAAGAGGGGCAUUAUGUGCAGGUGGAGAAGAGGGGCAUUAUGUGCCGGUGGAGAAGAGGGGCAUUAUGUGUAGGUGGAGAAGAGGGGCAUUAUGUGCAGGUGGAGAAGAGGGGCAUUAUGUGCAGGUGGAGAAGAGGGGCAUUAUGUGCAGGUGGAGAAGAGGGGCAUUAUGUGCCGGUGGAGAAGAGGGGCAUUAUGUGCAGGUGGAGAAGAGGGGCAUUAUGUGCAGGUGGAGAAGAGGGGCAUUAUGUGCAGGUGGAGAAGAGGGGCAUUAUGUGCCGGUGGAGAAGAGGGGCAUUAUGUGCAGGUGGAGAAGAGGGGCAUUAUGUGCCGGUGGAGAAGAGGGGCAUUAUGUGCAGGUGGAGAAGAGGGGCAUUAUGUGCAGGUGGAGAAGAGGGGCAUUAUGUGCAGGUGGAGAAGAGGGGCAUUAUGUGCAGGUGGAGAAGAGGGGCAUUAUGUGCAGGUGGAGAAGAGGGGCAUUAUGUGCAGGUGGAGAAGAGGGGCAUUAUGUGCCGGUGGAGAAGAGGGGCAUUAUGUGCCGGUGGAGAAGAGGGGCAUUAUGUGCCGGUGGAGAAGAGGGGCAUUAUGUGCAGGUGGAGAAGAGGGGCAUUAUGUGCAGGUGGAGAAGAGGGGCAUUAUGUGCAGGUGGAGAAGAGGGGCAUUAUGUGCAGGUGGAGAAGAGGGGCAUUAUGUGCAGGUGGAGAAGAGGGGCAUUAUGUGCAGGUGGAGAAGAGGGGCAUUAUGUGCAGGUGGAGAAGAGGGGCAUUAUGUGCAGGUGGAGAAGAGGGGCAUUAUGUGCAGGUGGAGAAGAGGGGCAUUAUGUGCCGGUGGAGAAGAGGGGCAUUAUGUGCAGGUGGAGAAGAGGGGCAUUAUGUGCAGGUGGAGAAGAGGGGCAUUAUGUGCAGAGGGGCAUUAUGUGCCGGUGGAGAAGAGGGGCAUUAUGUGCCGGUGGAGAAGAGGGGCAUUAUGUGCAGGUGGAGAAGAGGGGCAUUAUGUGCAGGUGGAGAAGAGGGGCAUUAUGUGCAGGUGGAGAAGAGGGGCAUUAUGUGCCGGUGGAGAAGAGGGGCAUUAUGUGCCGGUGGAGAAGAGGGGCAUUAUGUGCAGGUGGAGAAGAGGGGCAUUAUGUGCCGGUGGAGAAGAGGGGCAUUAGAAGAGGGGCAUUAUGUGCAGGUGGAGAAGAGGGGCAUUAUGUGCAGGUGGAGAAGAGGGGCAUUAUGUGCCGGUGGAGAAGAGGGGCAUUAUGUGCCGGUGGAGAAGAGGGGCAUUAUGUGCCGGUGGAGAAGAGGGGCAUUAUGUGCAGGUGGAGAAGAGGGGCAUUAUGUGCCGGUGGAGAAGAGGGGCUGGAGAAGAGGGGCAUCAUGUGCAGGUGGAGAAGAGGGGCAUUAUGUGCACAUGGAGAAGAGGGGCAUUAUGUGCAGGUGGAGAAGAGGGGCAUUAUGUGCAGGUGGAGAAGAGGGGCAUUAUGUGCAGGUGGAGAAGAGGGGCAUUAUGUGCAGGUGGAGAAGAGGGGCAUUAUGUGCAGGUGGAGAAGAGGGGCAUUAUGUGCCGGUGGAGAAGAGGGGCAUUAUGUGCCGGUGGAGAAGAGGGGCAUUAUGUGCAGGUGGAGAAGAGGGGCAUUAUGUGCCGGUGGAGAAGAGGGGCAUUAGAAGAGGGGCAUUAUGUGCAGGUGGAGAAGAGGGGCAUUAUGUGCAGGUGGAGAAGAGGGGCAUUAUGUGCCGGUGGAGAAGAGGGGCAUUAUGUGCCGGUGGAGAAGAGGGGCAUUAUGUGCCGGUGGAGAAGAGGGGCAUUAUGUGCAGGUGGAGAAGAGGGGCAUUAUGUGCCGGUGGAGAAGAGGGGCUGGAGAAGAGGGGCAUCAUGUGCAGGUGGAGAAGAGGGGCAUUAUGUGCAGGUGGAGAAGAGGGGCAUUAUGUGCAGGUGGAGAAGAGGGGCAUUAUGUGCAGGUGGAGAAGAGGGGCAUUAUGUGCAGGUGGAGAAGAGGGGCAUUAUGUGCAGGUGGAGAAGAGGGGCAUUAUGUGCAGGUGGAGAAGAGGGGCAUUAUGUGCCGGUGGAGAAGAGGGGCAUUAUGUGCAGGUGGAGAAGAGGGGCAUUAUGUGCCGGUGGAGAAGAGGGGCAUUAUGUGCAGGUGGAGAAGAGGGGCAUUAUGUGCAGGUGGAGAAGAGGGGCAUUAUGUGCAGGUGGAGAAGAGGGGCAUUAUGUGCCGGUGGAGAAGAGGGGCAUUAUGUGCAGGUGGAGAAGAGGGGCAUUAUGUGCAGGUGGAGAAGAGGGGCAUUAUGUGCAGGUGGAGAAGAGGGGCAUUAUGUGCAGGUGGAGAAGAGGGGCAUUAUGUGCAGGUGGAGAAGAGGGGCAUUAUGUGCAGGUGGAGAAGAGGGGCAUUAUGUGCAGGUGGAGAAGAGGGGCAUUAUGUGCAGGUGGAGAAGAGGGGCAUUAUGUGCCGGUGGAGAAGAGGGGCAUUAUGUGCAGGUGGAGAAGAGGGGCAUUAUGUGCAGGUGGAGAAGAGGGGCAUUAUGUGCAGGUGGAGAAGAGGGGCAUUAUGUGCCGGUGGAGAAGAGGGGCAUUAUGUGCAGGUGGAGAAGAGGGGCAUUAUGUGCCGGUGGUGAAGAGGGGCAUUAUGUGCAGGUGGAGAAGAGGGGCAUUAUGUGCCGGUGGAGAAGAGGGGCAUUAUGUGCAGGUGGAGAAGAGGGGCAUUAUGUGCCGGUGGAGAAGAGGGGCAUUAUGUGCAGGUGGAGAAGAGGGGCAUUAUGUGCCGGUGGAGAAGAGGGGCAUUAUGUGCAGGUGGAGAAGAGGGGCAUUAUGUGCAGGUGGAGAAGAGGGGCAUUAUGUGCAGGUGGAGAAGAGGGGCAUUAUGUGCAGGUGGAGAAGAGGGGCAUUAUGUGCAGGUGGAGAAGAGGGGCAUUAUGUGCAGGUGGAGAAGAGGGGCAUUAUGUGCCGGUGGAGAAGAGGGGCAUUAUGUGCCGGUGGAGAAGAGGGGCAUUAUGUGCCGGUGGAGAAGAGGGGCAUUAUGUGCAGGUGGAGAAGAGGGGCAUUAUGUGCAGGUGGAGAAGAGGGGCAUUAUGUGCAGGUGGAGAAGAGGGGCAUUAUGUGCAGGUGGAGAAGAGGGGCAUUAUGUGCAGGUGGAGAAGAGGGGCAUUAUGUGCAGGUGGAGAAGAGGGGCAUUAUGUGCAGGUGGAGAAGAGGGGCAUUAUGUGCCGGUGGAGAAGAGGGGCAUUAUGUGCAGGUGGAGAAGAGGGGCAUUAUGUGCCGGUGGAGAAGAGGGGCAUUAUGUGCAGGUGGAGAAGAGGGGCAUUAUGUGCAGGUGGAGAAGAGGGGCAUUAUGUGCAGGUGGAGAAGAGGGGCAUUAUGUGCAGGUGGAGAAGAGGGGCAUUAUGUGCAGGUGGAGAAGAGGGGCAUUAUGUGCAGGUGGAGAAGAGGGGCAUUAUGUGCCGGUGGAGAAGAGGGGCAUUAUGUGCCGGUGGAGAAGAGGGGCAUUAUGUGCCGGUGGAGAAGAGGGGCAUUAUGUGCAGGUGGAGAAGAGGGGCAUUAUGUGCAGGUGGAGAAGAGGGGCAUUAUGUGCAGGUGGAGAAGAGGGGCAUUAUGUGCAGGUGGAGAAGAGGGGCAUUAUGUGCAGGUGGAGAAGAGGGGCAUUAUGUGCAGGUGGAGAAGAGGGGCAUUAUGUGCAGGUGGAGAAGAGGGGCAUUAUGUGCAGGUGGAGAAGAGGGGCAUUAUGUGCAGGUGGAGAAGAGGGGCAUUAUGUGCCGGUGGAGAAGAGGGGCAUUAUGUGCAGGUGGAGAAGAGGGGCAUUAUGUGCAGGUGGAGAAGAGGGGCAUUAUGUGCAGAGGGGCAUUAUGUGCAGGUGGAGAAGAGGGGCAUUAUGUGCCGGUGGAGAAGAGGGGCAUUAUGUGCAGGUGGAGAAGAGGGGCAUUAUGUGCCGGUGGAGAAGAGGGGCAUUAUGUGCAGGUGGAGAAGAGGGGCAUUAUGUGCCGGUGGAGAAGAGGGGCAUUAUGUGCAGGUGGAGAAGAGGGGCAUUAUGUGCAGGUGGAGAAGAGGGGCAUUAUGUGCAGGUGGAGAAGAGGGGCAUUAUGUGCAGGUGGAGAAGAGGGGCAUUAUGUGCAGGUGGAGAAGAGGGGCAUUAUGUGCCGGUGGAGAAGAGGGGCAUUAUGUGCCGGUGGAGAAGAGGGGCAUUAUGUGCAGGUGGAGAAGAGGGGCAUUAUGUGCAGGUGGAGAAGAGGGGCAUUAUGUGCAGGUGGAGAAGAGGGGCAUUAUGUGCAGGUGGAGAAGAGGGGCAUUAUGUGCAGGUGGAGAAGAGGGGCAUUAUGUGCCGGUGGAGAAGAGGGGCAUUAUGUGCAGGUGGAGAAGAGGGGCAUUAUGUGCAGGUGGAGAAGAGGGGCAUUAUGUGCAGGUGGAGAAGAGGGGCAUUAUGUGCAGGUGGAGAAGAGGGGCAUUAUGUGCAGGUGGAGAAGAGGGGCAUUAUGUGCCGGUGGAGAAGAGGGGCAUUAUGUGCAGGUGGAGAAGAGGGGCAUUAUGUGCAGGUGGAGAAGAGGGGCAUUAUGUGCCGGUGGAGAAGAGGGGCAUUAUGUGCCGGUGGAGAAGAGGGGCAUUAUGUGCCGGUGGAGAAGAGGGGAAGGAGCAGAGAGCGUGGAGAGUGGAGGGGGCGGUGGGCAGAUGGGGACGAGUGAGGAGAGGAGGAAGAGGGUGAUGGAGAGAUGA